GACCAUCCAGAUAGGAACGGACUCCAGUAACCUGAACUCAGAGUUCUGCUUCAUCCUCAAGGUGCCCUUUGAGAGUACAGACAACCAGGGGAUAGUCUAUACCUGGGUGGGCCGGGCUGCUGACCCUGAUGAGGCCAAACUGGCUGAAGACAUCAUGAACUGUCUGUUUGAUGAAACCUACAGCAAACAGGUGAUCAACGAGGGGAGGAGCCGGAGAACUUCUUCUGGGUGGGGAUUGGCUGUCAGAAGGCGUACGAUGAGGACGCGGACUACAUGAAGUCCGCUAGACUGUUCCGCUGCUCCAAUGAGAAGGGAUUCUUCGCUGUGUCCGAGAAAUGUUCCGACUUCUGUCAGGACGACCUGGCCGACGAUGACAUCAUGCUGCUGGACAACGGCCAAGAGGUGUACAUGUGGGUGGGAACUCAGACCAGUCAGGUAGAAAUUAAACUCAGCCUCAAAGCCUGCCAGGUGUACAUCCAGCACAUGCGGUCUAAGGAGUCGGAGACGCCCAGGAAGCUGCGUCUGGUCAGGAAGGGGAACGAACCCCACUGCUUCACACGAUGCUUCCACGGCUGGGGGGCCUUCAAGACGCCGCCCGCGUAGAAAUGCACAGCGUAGACACGUC